AUGGAGCGAGCAAGCAACGAAGGAAUGUUGUACCACGAGGUUCAAGAGUCAAAUCUAUGCGCCGUACCUUCCGAUCUCGACGGGAAGGAUCGUCAGGGCAUAGUCGACGUCGGAGGGUUCUCUGAGGAGUCGCACAAUGUUUCACUCGGCGGCGAUUUUAGUAUUCAGAUACGAAGUGUGGGUUUCUUUGAGUCCGUGGGUACUGCUGAGGAAGAACCGGCUUGGAGUAAAGAAGAAAUUGAUUGUCUUCUUUCUUGUAAAAAUCCAAAUGAUGUUACCGUGGUCAAGAUAAGCAAAGAUCUAGGAAGGAGCGUUUACGCAUGCAUAGCAAAACUUCGCCAACUCCAGUGGAGUAAAGAAGACGAUGAAGAGUUGUUGCGACUGUGUAGCGAACACACCGACUUAGAAUUCAUAGCUUCAAAACUACGGGUUACGGUCGAUUUUUGUUGUGCGAGACUAGAUGUUUUUGGAUGGAAUAGCAAGACCGUUUUCACAAUAAGCGGUGAAAUGAAAGUCAAAAUGUCUAUCAUAUGUCCAUACAAAAAUUCUAGUUUUCUUGAAGAUGUGGAUGAGUUCGCAUUAAGAAAAGAAGAUGGGCUCGUCAUUGGGAGAAUUAAAAAGGAAUCGGGUGCUUCCAUAUGGUAUUCUAAAGACAGUCAAGUUGAUUAUUUUGUGAUUAGAGUCUCUGCUUAUGAGGUAUUUGAUGGGUAUUCUCCAACAAAGAAGGCCAUGGAAAGCUUGUUACCCCUUUGCAAACAAAUUAGCAAAGGAGUUCACAAAGUAACAAUGGUGUUGAAGAAAGACAGAGAUGGCGUUCUGGAUGAUCUUAAAAAGCUUUUGAAUCUACGAAUAUCUACAAGCAUCCAUGGCGAUCCUACCAUUGAGAUUUCGGCUGGUGAAGAAAAGGAGUUCAACGACACUUUUUCUGCCGUUUUUUCAGUCCUAAGGAAAUGGUUCUUUAGAGGGUUACCUGAUGCCUAUGUUAGCAUCCCACAGAAAUCUCGAUCUAUGCAAAAAACUGUGCAGAGACCGGUGUUUUCUUACGAAGAAGGUUGUGAAGAUUUGACGACUAUGUUCUUCCAAGCUGCUAUGGAGGCUCAGCCUUAUGCUGAAGCAAGCCCUCGUGACGGGGCUCUUGAAGUCAGUCUUAUGAAGCAUCAGCGGAUUGCAUUGGCAUGGAUGUUAGAGAAGGAGAGAUCCGGCUGCCCCUGUUUUGGAGGGAUUCUAGCAGAUGACCAGGGACUUGGAAAGACGAUAACAACGAUAGCCCUUAUAGUGACUCAUCAACUUGAUGACUCCUAUGUGAAGAAAGGAAUGCCAGCUGCGGGAACUCUUAUUGUUUGCCCUAGUAGCCUAAUGAAACAAUGGGGGGAUGAAUUGAGGAAGAGAGUUAGGUCAGAAGAAAACCUCUCCGUAAUGAUAUAUCAUGGUUCGAACCGCAUAAAGGAUCCUCGCAAGCUAGCUAACUAUAAUGUAGUUGUUAGCUCAUACGGCCUUUUGACCGGUGUUCUUGCUGAACUUGCAUGGUUUAGAGUUGUUCUGGAUGAAGCACAGACCAUUAAGAAUUACACAAGUCAAUAUGCAGAGGCAUAUACCAAGAUUGGUGGAGUACCAAUCAUCUCUUUGCCUUCGAAAACCAUUGAAUUGAGGAAAGUGUUAUUCACUAAAGAAGAACGUGAGUUCUACUCAAAACUAGAGCGCUACGCACGUGAGCAGUAUGAGGAGUUCACCGCUGGAACCACACAAUAUGCAGACGUUUUGUUGAUGCUGACGCGUCUUCGUCAGGCUUGUAAUCACCCUCUUCUCGUACCCAGUUCUGCAAUGACAUUAUCCUCAGUUGAAGUGGCUAAGAAGCUUCCAUAUGGCUCAUCUAAAAUCAAGGCUACUCUAGAUUUUUUGAAGAAUGAUGUGAAUCAGACCUCGGAUGCGUUGGUUGAGGGAGUUGGAGAAAAGACCCUUGUUUUUUCCCAAUGGACGAGGAUGCUAGACCUGCUGGAAGAUGGUCUUAAGAGUUCUUCUAUUCAGUAUAGAAGGUUUGAUGGAAGUAUGUCAGUAGAGGCACGAGAUAAAGCCAUACAAGAUUUCAAUACUCUCCCUGAGGUGUCUGUAAUGAUAAUGUCUCUCAGAGCUGCUAGUGUUGGGUUAAACCUUGUGGCAGCUUGUAAUGUUCUCCUAAUGGAAUUAUGGUGGAACCCAACCACAGAAGAUCAAGCUGUAGAUAGAGUACAUCGCAUUGGGCAGACACAUCCUGUCAAAGUGGUGCGGCUCACCGUAGCAGAUACGGUGGAAGAUCGAAUGUUGGCGCUUCAGGUAAAGAAGAGAAAGAUGGUCUCAUACGCCUUUGGAGAAGAUAUAGAGGGGCCAAACCUCUCUUCAGAAGAUUGGAGCUACCUCUUGAAGAUGGACAAAUAA